CUCAACGUCGAGCUAAUAAAUUUUAUAAUUAAUUUUAUUUAUAUAAUUUACCUAAAAUAAUUGAGAAAUGGCCGAUGAAAAAUCUGUAGUGCAAGAAUUUAAAUUGGAUCCGGAUUGCGAAUUAAGGUUCGAAAUGGAAAGCAAAAAUGAAAAGGUUACAUUGGAGUUAAAAAAUGGCUUGGCAGAAGUUUUUGGGACAGAAUUAGUAAAAGGAAAAAAAUAUGAGUUUACUGCUGGUGCAAAAGUUGCAGUUUUUACUUGGCAGGGCUGUACUGUUGAAUUAGUUGGGAAAACAGACGUCAGCUAUGUAGCAAAGGAGACUCCUAUGGGUCUGUAUUUAAAUUGUCAUGCAGCAAUGGAACGGAUGAGAGAGACAGCAGAGAAAGAUGAUACUAGAGGUCCAAUAACAAUGAUAGUAGGACCUUGUGAUGUAGGAAAAUCUACACUUUGUAGAAUAUUAUUGAACUAUGCUGUUAGAAUGGGCAGAAGACCAAUUUUUGUUGAUCUUGAUGUUGGUCAGGGACAUAUAGCGAUUCCUGGCACUGUGGGUGCUUUAUUGGUAGAACGACCAUCCAAUAUAGUAGAAGGUUUCAGCCAGCAAGCUCCACUGGUCUUCCAUUUUGGACACAAAACGCCACAAACCAAUGUAACGCUGUAUAACUUACUUGUAACACGUUUAGCAGAGGUCUGUUCAGAUAGAUUACAAGCUAACAAAAAAGCCAAAGCAUCAGGGAUUGUUAUAAAUACGUGCGGCUGGAUCAAAGGAGAUGGUUACAAAUUGCUCACACAUGCUGCUCAAGCAUUUGAAGUGGAUGCGAUUCUUGUAUUGGAUCAGGAGAGACUCUACAAUGAAUUGGUGAGAGAUAUGCCAGACUUUGUGAAGGUAGUCUUUUUACCAAAGAGUGGUGGAGUUGUAGAGAGAAGCCAAGCACAAAGAAGUGAAGCAAGAGAUCAGAGUGUUAGAGAAUAUUUCUAUGGUUCAAGGACACCACUGUAUCCACAUAGUUUUGAGGUAAAAUGGAACGAAGCUAGAUUGUACAAAAUUGGAGCUCCUGUUCUACCAGCAUCUUGCAUGCCAUUGGGUAUGAAGGCAGAAGACAACCUGACAAAAUUGGUGGCUGUUACACCAGGACCCAGUUUACUGCAUCAUUUGCUAUCUGUUUCCUUCGCCGAUUCUCCUGAGGAUGACGUCGUACAGACUAAUGUAGCUGGAUUUGUUUGUGUGACUAACGUAGACGUCGAGAGGCAGACAUUUACAGUACUUAGCCCGCAACCUAGACCAUUACCGAAUACAGUAUUGUUAUUGUCAGAUAUACAAUUUAUGGACAGCCAUUAG